UUACUAAUUGCUUCCUCAAUUCAUUUUGAAUGAGUAGGCAAAUAAUAGGCAUAUUUAUUUAUGGAGAAGAAAUAAGGAUACAUUAUUAGUUAAAAUAUUUGUAAAAAAUCAAGAAAAAUAUGCCAGGGCAGAAGUAGAAAGGUUGAGUUUUUGUAGCUUUGGGAGAGAAGAAGGUGAAUAAUGUGGUUUCUUAGCAAAAAGGGUCUUUCUGGAUUCUCCCCAAACUCAACUGCUGAGGAAGUAACUCAAGCAAUUGAUGGCUCUGCUCUUACUGCCAUUGUUACAGGAGCAUCAAGUGGGAUUGGUGCGGAAACUGCACGUGUUCUUGCAUUGCGAGGUGUGCAUGUAAUUAUGGGGGUAAGGAAUAUCUCUGCUGGAAAACAGGUUAAAGAGACGAUAACUAAAGCUGUACCGCAAGCUAAAAUUGAUGCCUUGGAGUUGGAUCUCAGUUCACUUGCAUCUGUGAGGAAUUUCGCAUCAAAUUACAAUUCUUUAGGCCUUCCUCUAAACCUGCUUAUUAACAAUGCAGGAAUCAUGGCAACCCCAUUCGCACUUUCCAAGGAUAACAUUGAGCUGCAAUUUGCAACAAACCAUGUCGGCCACUUCCUUUUGACAAAUUUAUUGCUGGACACCAUGAAAAAAACAGCUCGUGAGAGUAGAAAGGAAGGGAGGAUUGUUAAUGUCUCCUCACGUCGCCACAAAUUUUCUUACAAUGAAGGGAUUCGGUUUGACAAGAUUAAUGAUCAAUCAGGGUAUAAUAGACUGUCUGCAUAUGGUCAGUCAAAGCUUGCGAAUGUGCUGCAUACUAAUGAACUUGCUAGACAUCUAAAGGAUGAGGGUGUGGAGAUUACAGCGAAUUCGCUUCAUCCAGGAGCCAUUGCCACCAACCUUUUCCGUCAGAACAGCAUCAUCAGUGGCAUUGUUAAUGUCAUUGGCAAGCAUGUGAUGAAAAAUGUUGAGCAGGGAGCUGCAACAACUUGUUAUGUGGCUUUGCAUCCUGAUGUUAAAGGUGUAAGUGGCAAAUAUUAUGCAGACUGCAACAUAGCUGAGGCAAGCCCCCAAGCUAACGAUGCUGGAUUGGCAAAAAGAAUGUGGGAUUUUACCAUGAGUUUAGUUCACUAACAUGCAAUUUUAAACCUUGCUUUCGCGUAAAGAGGAUUCGCACGUUGCUGUGUUGUGUAUCGUGUAGUUUGUAAAGCAUUACAACACUGGGAAUCUCAAACCAGGUGGCCUUUGGCUCAUCUCAUGUUGUGCAUUUACAGCAUAUAGCCAGUUUCUUUGAAACUAUUUUAUAAAGGGCUAUGUGGUUAUUUUGAAAUCUGUUUUACAAAGAUAAUUUUGAACAUCUUUGAUGGUUUACCUAUUUUGGUACAAAACAUCACUUACAAGGGAAUGGAGACUAAUACACUCCUUGGUGUGAGGUAUAAGAAAUAAUAAUCUAGA